CGGUUAUAACGUAUACUCGUAUGCCUAUACUGUGAACUUUCUUUACCUUCCGUCAGACGUGCACCCAAAAAACUUAUCCAUGUCUACGAGUUCCAGCGUAGGACCAGCCGGACCCUCGAGCGACGAUGUCUUCCGAUCACCACCGGCGAUGAUCUCAGGCGAUUCCACCUCAUCUUCCUCUUCCUCUUCCUCUUCCUCUUCCUCGUCCUUCUCGCUCUCCGCUCUAACUCAGGCCUUUCCUUUCUCCUCCGGAAACCCUAGGAUCGAGGAGACUCGCGGCGUCAUGCACCUCUAUCGCGACGACGCCGUUUCCUCCUCCUCCUCCGAUCUCCCCGUUGGAAGGAAGCCUCUUGUUUGCGUUCUCGGAGUUCCAAAUUAUAUGACAUAUGCAGAUUUCUGCCAGUUCUGUGGUUCAUUCAUUAAUCAUAUCUUAGAGAUGAGAAUUGUCAGAAAUGAUGGAAUGGAGGAUCGAUACAGUAUUUUGAUUAGGUUUGAUAGUCAGGAGUCCACCGAUAAUUUCUACAGGCAUUUCAAUGGGAGGCGAUUUUCAUCCCUAGAGGCAGAGGUUUGCCGUGUGCUUUUCACAGUGGAUGUCCAGUACACAGGCUCUAUUGAACAUGAGCAGGCAACCCCUGCAAGCUCAACUGAUCAGCCUGCUUGUCCAGUUUGUCUUGAGAGAUUAGACCAAGACAUGAAUGGCAUUCUCACAACCAUCUGCAAUCAUUCUUUUCACUGCUCUUGUAUCUCAAUGUGGACGGAUUCUUCUUGUCCGGUUUGCCGGUAUUGUCAGCAGCAGCCUGAAAAAUCAAUAUGUUCUGUUUGUCAAACUUCUGAGAAUCUCUGGAUUUGUGUUAUCUGUGGCUUUGUUGGCUGUGGGAGGUAUGAAGGAGGGCAUGCCAUAGUACAUUGGAAAGAAACACAGCAUUGCUAUUCUCUCGAAGUGGAAACACAACGAGUGUGGGAUUAUGUGGGUGACAACUAUGUUCACCGACUGAUUCAGUCCAAAACUGAUGGAAAGUUGGUUGAGUUGAAUGCCCACUGCACCCUUGAUAGUGAUGCGUGUGGAAGUUGUGAAUCCACAGAUUCUGGACUUAGUGAGGCCCUUUUGAACAGUAGAGUGGAAGCUAUUGUUAAUGAAUACAACGAAUUGCUUGCCACUCAACUUGAGAAUCAAAAAUUAUACUUUGAGUCCCUACUGCAAGAUAUCAAAGAAGAAACUGAAAGAGAAAUUUCUAAAGCUGUGGACAAGGCUGUCGGUCAAAAACUUCAGAAGAUGCAGGCUAAGCUGGAUAGAUGUGUUAAAGAAAAGGAAAUUCUUGAUGAUCUUAAUGAGAGUCUUUUGAAAAAUCAGGAGAUUUGGAAAGCAAAGAUACUUGAAAUAGAAGAAAGAGGGAAAAAGGCUUUGAAACUGAAAGAUGAUAAAAUACGAGACUCGGAAGAACAGCUUAGAGAUCUGAUGGUAUUCCUUGAAGCUGGGAAGACGAUGGAGGAGUUAUCAUUGUCAAGUGAAAUUAAGGAUGGCACUGUUUUGUCAAUACCAAUGGAGGAGACCUCUUCGAGCAGCAGCACUAAGGAGGGAAAGAAGGUUAAUAACAGCCGAAAAAGCUGAGGAUCUUCGGAAACUAUACGGGGAGUAAAGGAAAGAAAGAUGAGCUAGUGGAAUCCACUUUUAUUUUUCUUCUAGGAGGGAAAAAAAAAACACGAAAAUAUGAGCAGUGGCUCACACAUGUGUAUCCUUUCUGGAUGUGCUUUUAUCAAGUUUCCAAACUAGAUUUUGUAAAUACAUUAUUUUAAUGUGAGCUUUGAGCAUGUGUCAAUAUCCUAA